GAAAACUAUAGCUAAGCCAUCAUCAAUGGCUGCAUCAGCUCCAGUUGAAAGUCAUUCAACAGUCACUGUUACAAAGACUGUUUCUGUAUACCCAAAAGCUUUGCACCCUCCAAACCUUCUCAGACUCUCCAAUUUGGAUAGACAGUGUCCACUUCUCAUGUAUCUGGUUUUCUUUUACAAGCCCUCUCAUGGUUUCCGAGAUUUAUCAAUCGAUGCGAUUUCCAGUAGACUAAGAAAUGGCUUAGAAGAGACCCUGUCAGUCUGGUACCCAGCUGCGGGGAGGCUGAGCUUGAACCCUAGUGAUGGAAAGCUCGACUUGUGGUGCAAUAAUGGUGGUGUAAUUCUGGUUGAGGGAGCGACCCAUGUGAAGAUGUCUGAGCUUGGAGAUCUCUCACUGCACCAUGAGUUCUCUGAGAAUUUGGUUUUUAAGCCUGUUUUUAAUGGGAAUAUUACUGAGAUGCCUCUGGUGGUUGCUCAGGUGACGAAAUUUGGUUGUGGAGGCUACUCAAUUGGCAUAGGCACAAGUCAUUCAUUAUUUGAUGCACCAGCAGCCUAUGAUUUCCUAUCUGCAUGGGCUUCUCAAUCUAAUAUGAGAGGAAAUGAGGGUUCUGAGCCUCAUGUUAAACCAGUACAUGAAAGAGGGAGAUUAUUGAUGGGUGAUUAUCAAUCCCAAAAGGAGAUUAAUAUAAACCCGGGUCGGCCGGCAAAAAGGGUGGCUGCAAUAGAUCAUCUAUAUCAGUUGAUUAAGAAAGUAACUCCUCAGAAUCAUGAAAAUUAUGUUCUUAGAACCUUUCACCUAAGUGGUGCAGUGAUAGAAAACUUGAAGAGGAAGGUUUUUGUAGAGAAGAGGGGAAGUUUUUCAUUUUCAUCCUUUGAGGUAGUUUCAGCUCACCUGUGGAAGACAAGAACGAAGGCCUUAAGAAUAGACCAUGAACAAAUGGUGUGCUUGCAAUUUGCAGUGGACAUAAGGAACAAGAUGGUGCCACCGUUGCCAAAACAUUUCAGCGGCAAUGCUUAUGUACUUGCAUCUGUUGCUUUAACAGCAGGAGAGUUGGAAGAACAAAGCCACCACGCCAUAGUCGAGAAGAUCAAGGAAGCGAAGAAUUCUGUGACAGAUGACUAUGUCAUUGCAUAUAACAAGGCACUCCAAGGGCCACCCGCCACUCUCCCUCCAUUGAAGGAGCUUACUAUGGUUUCGGAUUGGACAAGGGUGCCAUUCCACAAGGUUGAUUUUCUUGGUGAAGAAGCAGCAUAUGCAUCUCCACUGGCUUCUCCAAUCCCUCAGGUUGCGUAUCUUAUGCAGAACCCUGUUGAAAAUAGGGGAGUAGAUGUGAGAAUUGGUUUGCACCCAGACAUCAUAGAUGUUUUCUCACACUACUUCAUUUGUUUUUAAAAACUCAAGAGUUAAAACUUUUCACUCUUUCACUGCUUCCUUUGAUUAAUUGUUAGCUGGUAGUGGCAGUUUAAAAGGUUAAUGGAAG